AUGCGAAUACGCAUCAUCUCUGGAACGACGACGACGACGAAAACGACGAAUAUUUUACUCCUUUUGAGACGAAGCCAAAGCACGAUUAGGACGACUACUGCUGCUACUUUGACGACGACGACGACGAAAAACAGCUUUAAGGGUGCGAGGAUGAUGAAGUCUUUUUGUUCCAACGUGAUGACACCAUCAUCAUCAUCGUCGCAAAAUUAUUCGGCGGCGAGGCGAACGAGUUUCGGGCUUCUCCGGAAGAAGGAAGGACAACAACAGCGACACAAAGAACGACAGCAGAAAAACAACGGGAGGAGGACGAUUGUCACCUCUUCCUCUUCUUCCUCUUCUUCUUCUUCUUCUUCUUCUUCAGAAACGGAAGGCAAUGCGACGAAACAGUUCGUCUCCUCUCUCCUUUCCUGGCCGACGAGAACAACCUUGUGCGGAAGUUUAGACAUAUCCUCGGUGGGCGAGAAAGUCUCUCUGUGCGGGUGGGUGGAUAAGCAAAGAGAUAUGGGCGGGAUUUGCUUCGCGGACGUGCGAGACCACUCUGGGUUGGUGCAAAUCAUCGGCGCGGCGGAGGGCAUACACGCGAAUCAAGCUAAGAUUGACGAGAUUUUAUCGAGUUUGCGCUCGGAGUGCGUGGUGAAAGUCGUCGGCGUCGUUCGCGAGCGGAAUAACAAGAAUAAGAACAUAAAGACUGGGGAGGUGGAAGUAGAGGUGGAAUCGAUUGAAGUUCUGAACGUGGUGUCCAAAUCUUUGCCGUUUUCGAUUUCCGAGAGCGAAAAAGCCGGCAACGCGGAGAAAUCGAGCGAGGAGGUGAGGUUGAAAAAUCGAGUGUUGGAUUUGCGAAGACCGAAAAUGUUGAAAAACUUGAGACGAAGGCACGAGGCGAUUCGGCAGAUGAGGAAAGUGUUAGAAGAGGAGUUUGAUUUCAUGGAAAUCGAAACGCCGGUGUUGAGUCGACCAACGCCGGAAGGCGCGAGGGAUUAUUUGGUCCCGGCGAGGACAGCCUCGGCGGGGAGUUGUUACGCUCUGCCGCAAUCGCCGCAGUUGUUUAAACAGAUGUUGAUGGUUUCUGGAUGCGACCGGUAUUACCAAGUCGCCAGGUGUUUUCGAGACGAAGAUUUACGCGCCGAUAGACAACCGGAAUUCACGCAGUUGGACGUGGAAAUGUCGUUUACCGACGCGGAUGGUAUCAUGAACGUCGCCGAGAGAGUAUUUUUAGAGGCGAGCGGCAUGCACAAGAAAGUGCAACAACCGUUUCGAAGAAUGACCUACGCCGAGGCGAUGGAAAAGUACGGAAGCGACAAACCGGAUUUGCGGUUUGAUCUAGAGAUGACGACGUUGAACGACGUUUUGAAAGACACCGAGUUUCCACCGUUUAAAUCGGCGUUGGAGACAUCGCGAUCGAGCGUGAAAGUCUUAGUUGUGGACGAUUCUCAAGCGGGCAAGAAUAAAAUAUCCAACGCGAAAUUAAAACCAAAAGGCGAGAUUUUCGAAGACGCGGUAAACGCGGGAAGUGCAAGCGGAGUGUUCUUUUGCCGAGUCGCAGAGGACGGGAAGACGUUGGAAGGCGCGAAAGGUUUAGUCGAAGGCUUGGCGAAGUGCGCGGAAGAAAUAAUCGCGAAAUCCACCGCGCCGCCGGGGAGUUUGCUUCUUUUCGUCGCCGGAAAAACGAAAGUCGUAAACACGGCGUUGGAUAAAGUGAGACACAAAUGCGCGAGCGUGUUGAAUUUGAUCGACCCAAAAGCGCACGCCGUUUUGUGGGUGACUGAUUUCCCGAUGUUUGAGUACAACGAAGACGAGGAAAGGUUCGAGGCGUGUCACCAUCCGUUCACCGCGCCAAACACGGAAGAUUACGAGAAAAACCCAGACGAUUUAACCGAGGCGCGAGCGAUUGCGUACGAUUUAGUAUAUAACGGCGUCGAAAUUGGCGGCGGAAGCUUAAGAAUUUACCGGCGCGACGUCCAAGAAAAAGUAUUCAAAGCGAUCGGGAUGUCCACCGAGGAAGCCGAGGAUAAGUUCGGGUACUUGCUCGAAGCGUUUCAAUACGGGGCGCCGCCUCACGGCGGGUUCGCCAUUGGCGUCGAUAGAUUAGUGAUGCUUUUAUGCGGCGCGAAGAGCAUACGAGACGUCAUCGCGUUUCCAAAAACAACCACCGGGCAGUGUCUGUUGACCAGAGCACCGGGAGAGGCGACGACGGAGCAAUUAGCGGAAUUGAACAUCCGACGAAUCGACUAA